AUGUCCGCCGCUGCCCGUCGAACCGCUGAUCGUGACAAGCUCAAGCAUGUCGUGACCAUCAUGCUCAACAAUGACGAAACCAACUGGGAAACUCACGAUGUCAUGCUCGCCCUCACUCACUUUGGAGUCGAUACCUUCUCGGACCUCAUGAUGAUGGAACGCAAAGACAUUGAGUCUCUCGUGGUUCCAGCCGCUGGAACCGUUGCAGAACACCCUCUUGGAUGCAGUCAACGUUUCGCUAACUUUCAACGAUUCCACAUUGGACGAUGGGAUCCAUCAGUGGAAGUGGUCCCGUGGCUCACGACACGAGCUCCUGUAUCUGCCGAAGCAGAGAUUGAACACUGGAAGAACAAGACGGUCAAGAUCUCUCGCAGCGACUACAAGGAGUUCUGUGACGAAGCGUACUGGCACAAGUGGAGCGAAGAUUUCCUACUCACUGUAAAGUCUCACCGUUUGUCUCAUCUACUCGAAAAAGGAUACAUGGUGGAGAACCCGCCGCUCGAUCGCAUCCAACGCGAAUGGAUGUACAAGACACUCUGUGACACAAUCAAAACCGCAGCUGGAAAAUCGUUCCUCAUGCAACACCUCAAGAACAGCGAAACUCGUCUAUUCUGGGAAAGGAUGUGCAAUCACUACAAGACGUCGAUGACAGCGACCAUUCGUUCCUCCAAGACCUCGACCUAUUUGACCGCUGCCAAUUUGUCAGACGGAACGUGGCGUGGAAGCCAACAAAACUUCAUUCUGAACUUCAAGGAAUAA